AAAAAAAAAGGAACAGAGGUAAAAAUGCCAAUUGGAAAAGGCAUGUAAAAACACUUAAAAAAAAUAUCACAUUGUGACAUGCAGUUUUACUUCAGUCCUGUAGAGGGCGCUUAACACCGCAUGCAGUGGCUAAACGACCAGUCUCUCUCCCACCCGCGAAGAAGAAAGCCGGCAGCCGAAGCUUGAACAGAAAGGAACGAACAACUCUGUUAUCUGAUAUUAUUUGUGGUUGACUUACGGAAUGCAAACACAGAAAGGACAAAGUGAUCACAACGAUGCCGAUGUCACCUCCUGGGUUUCGGUGUGUCCUAAAGGCCUCUGUAUGGUGGAACGAAGAACAACACUGCAACGGGACCCCAAGAUACUUCCUAAUUCUGCUGGUCAAUCAUGUUCUGUUGAUUACUGCCCUAAACUGGGCUCACUUUGCCAGGUCCGAGUGCAGCUUAAAACUAACGGUGAUGAAGAUGAUGUGACAGUGACUGAACAAAGAGUGGAUGAGUUGUCGGGCACUGAUAUGAAAGAACUUGUAGCCGUGCCCUUUCCCAGAUGUCAAGACUCCUUUCUGCAGAUUCCACUGGAUGAAUGGACAGUACUAAAGCUUGGGGAAGGUCAAUGUGACAUCACAGAGUCAUGUUUGGAGGGAAUGAGAGCUGGAGAGAAAUGUCAGAUCCAACUUACUCUAAUCAAGAGUGGGCCAGUCUCUGAUAACCAGCCUGCCGAUGGAAAUCUUUCAGAAACCUUUUUAUGUGCCACUGUUGAACUCAAAGCUUUCACACCAGGGAAGGAAUCCUGGGAAAUGCCUAUAAGUGACAAAUGGCAAUGGGUAAAGUCACAUAAAGAGCGAGGAGGUGGAAGGUUCAGAAGCGGGGAUGUUUGGGGAGCUUCAGACAGCUACAGCCGGGCGCUCAAACUGCUCAUUCCUCUUUGUGGCAUCAUUGGAGCAGCUGAGACAAAAGGAAGUGAAGUGGAGGAGCAGGAAGACACAAACGCCAUGGAUGAAAUGGAUGAAAUCCCAUCAGCUGACAAAAUCAAGAUCAUCAAAGCAGAGCUUCACUCAAACUUAGCUCUGUGCCAGCUGAAACUGAACCAACCAAAGCUGGCAAAGGCCAGUGCUGCUAAAGCCACUCAGAUUGAACCUAGUGCUGCUAAAGCCUGGUAUCGACUGGGACAGGCAUGUGAGGACUUGAAUGAAUUGGAAGAAGCCAAGAAGGCUUUCAAGAAACUACUGGAACUACAACCAGAUCUACCUGCUGCUCAGAAGGCUCUGAAAGGUGUAAUACGAAAAGAGAAGGAGAGGAAUGCACAGUUGGGUUUGAGGCUCAGUAAGAUGUUCAGCUGAGGCCGCAACUGAUUCCUUUUUUUUUUUGUCAUGGUUUAGCAUUCAUGCUAUACCUUUUCUGGUUUUAUAUCAAGGCCUUGAAUUUGCCUUUUUAUGAUGUGCCCAAAUGUCAUAAAUAGUCAUGUUUGCACCUUUGAUUUUGUGAUUAAAGUUGUUAGAUUCAA